CUGAGACCACUGUCUGCACACAGGCGUGUAGUGUGUGUCUGUGUGUGUGUGUGAGAGAGAGAGAGUGAGUGACUGCAUUUAUGUGUGUGUGUGUGUACAUAUGUGUGUAGUGUAAAAAAAAAACAUGUCUGACAAGCCAGUCUGUGUUGCCGACUUUGAGUUGCACGCGAGGAGAACGCUCCCCAAGGCGGUGUUCGACUACUAUGUCUCCGGGGCAGACGAACAGGAAACUCUGAGUGACAAUGUGGCCGCCUUCUCCAGGUGGAGGUUCUUCCCCAGGGUUCUGCGUGACGUGUCUGCGGUGGACCUGUCUACAGAGGUCCUGGGCCAGACCGUGAGCAUGCCCAUAUGUGUAGCCGCCACCGCCAUGCAGAGAAUGGCUCACCCAGAGGGGGAGACCGCCACCGUCAGAGCCUGCCACAGCGCUGGCGUGGGUAUGAUGCUCAGCUCCUGGGCCACCUCCACAAUCGAGGAGGUGUCGCUAGCCAGCCCGGACUGCGUGCGUUGGCUGCAGCUGUACAUUUACAAGGACCGGGCGCUGACUCAGACGCUGGUGCGCCGGGCCGAGGAGGCCGGGUAUAAGGGCAUCUUUGUCACCGUGGACACACCUUACCUUGGCAAGCGGCGCAAUGACGUGCGCAACCGAUUUAAGCUGCCCUCUCAUUUGAGGAUGUCCAAUUUCGACUCCCCAGAUUUAGCCUUCUCAGCCAAGGAGGGCUAUGGGGAGGACAGUGGGCUGGCGGUGUACGUGGCCCAGGCCAUCGACCCCACCCUACGCUGGGAGCACAUCGCCUGGCUCAAGAGCAUCACUAGCCUGCCCGUGGUGGUCAAGGGAGUCUUGCGAGCUGAGGAUGCCGUGGAGGCGGUGAGGUAUGGAGUGGAUGGCAUACUAGUGUCCAAUCACGGAGCAAGACAGCUAGAUGGAGUAUCUGCCACUUUGGAUGCUCUGCCGGAGAUAGUGGAGGCGGUGGGUGAUCAUGUGGAGGUGUACCUGGACGGAGGCGUGCGCCGCGGUACAGACGUGCUGAAGGCUCUGGCUCUGGGAGCCAAGGCUGUGUUCCUUGGGAGACCCGUCCUCUGGGGUCUAGCCUACGAGGGAGAGCAGGGUGUUGGUGAGGUGCUCCAGCUGAUGAGAGAGGAGUUCCGCCUGGCUAUGGCACUCGCAGGAUGCCGAUCACUGAAGGAAAUUAAUAAAUCUUUAGUCAGAAGAGUUGAGUUUAUGUCAAGGAUUUGAAGUUUGCCAGAUUCACACAAUUAAACAACAAGAGCCAGAGCCCUGCAGGCCGCCCACCACUGCUGUCUUUGCAAAGCAGAACCAAGUUGGAACAAUACCAGAUCUGUUGGUCUGACCAUCUUCGAGGACAGAGAUCUGAUGCGAUCUGACCUUCUACCUGUAAAAACCUAAAGUAAAUGGGACCAUAGCUUUUUUAUCAUGUAUGUUUUUUUCAUGUGUUUGUCCCCUGUCAGAGUUGAAGUCCCUAAUGCCUUGACAAUGUAACUUCAUACAAAUAGGAAUGAAAAAUACUGGAAAGUAAAGGAACCAAAUGGUCACCAGAGGAUGUUUAAAGAAGGAAACUCACAUUUUUGUGUUUUAUUUUAACUGCUUGUUGCCAAUCCUAUAGGCCUAACUACAGAGAAAACCAAUCAGUGCAAUACAUUGUAAGCUGUUGAGGAAGACACAAUAAAGUGUUUUUGACCCUG